AUGUGCAACCGAACGCUGAUUGCGGAGCUGCUGCUCGUGAUCGCCUUGGCGACGUGUGUCCUAGGUGCUUCCGGUAGCUGCUCGUGGCGCGCCAGCAGCAGCUGGUUCGGAGGAGAAAUUUGUGUCUUGCAGAAAGUCUACGACGAUUGCCAAGAAACAGCCGACUUCUCUGAGUGCCUCAAGCAGAAGGCCCUGUCUUCCAUUUCCCGAGCCAUUGAUUUGGAUUCAAUCCAACUGGUCGAUGGAGUAUCGCUCCUGAAGCAGAAAACUCCGGUUGCCGAGGACAAUGUGAGCGUCAUCCCCGGAUUAUCGGAUGCCCGAUCGAUGGAAGGCCUCAGCGGAACGGAUAAGGCGCUGGUUCAGAAGAUCGACAAAUUCCUCAAGAGCCACACCAUCAGCUUCGAUCUUUCCGAAGCGCGCGGAAGUGGUAACAAGAAGAACGGCAGCCGCUAUGUCAUUGCUGCACUUCUGACGGCCAUGGGCAUUGCUGGACCGAUCGGUUUGAAGACGCUCGGUGCCAUCGCAUUCAAAGCUCUGGUUAUUAGCAAGGUAGCGCUGACCAUUGCCAGCAUCAUGGCCCUGAAGAAGAUCUUCAAAGCCGACCACCACGAGGAAACCAGCUUCCAGGUGCACACCGGUCACGACAACCGUCGGGCAACGUACUUCGUGCGUCCAGUGCGAGCCAACGAUCCAUACCGGUACUACUACGAACAACCUGCUCACUAA